AUGGAACAAGAAAUUAAGUUACCUAUUUUUAUUAAAGUUUCUAUUUUUAUAUUUAUUAGUGUGAUAUGUCAUUUUUUCAGUUAUAUGAGUAUCUUUGACAAAUUCUUGUGUGAGAAACAAACCAUUGGAAGUAAAUUAGAUAUAAAAACUUAUAGAUUACUAGCAGAAUGUAAACAGGAUAAAUAUUCAAAUGUUUUAUAUUUAAAAAAAGAGAUGCCUAAUAAUAUAAUGAAAAACGAAAAAUAUAUAUAUAUGAACGAUAAGGGCGAUAGACGAAAAAUGAAGCAGUCAGAUAUACAUUCGUUGAAUAACACUGGGGAACAUAAACUAUACGAGAAAAAUAAAUCUAAUAUAUUUGAAACAAAAAAAUUAUCCCAUAUGGAAAAAAAAAUAUUCAAAGAGCUCGAUUAUAUAGAUUUUCUUAAAAAUAACCGUACAAUUAGUGAUAAAACUUACAAAAAAAUAAUAUGUAAAAAAUUUGCAUUACGAUUUUCUGUACCUGUAUUAUUGCUUUUGUUGUUAUCAGUAUCUAUUAUAUUAAAUUAUUCCUACUUUAGUUAUCUUGUAUGGCGGUUGUUUGAUAUAUUGUUUUUGUGUUUUGGCGGUUCGUGGUACGGUUCUUUAAAUAGUUUAUUGAAAAAUUCCUCUUUACAAUCUUUAUUAAGAACUAAAGAUAAAAUAACAUUAAAUAGAUGGAGUAUUACAACAGGAAAACUGGAUCAAAUAAAAGAUCACGAUUAUGUAUUUGUUUUUUUUAAAUAUUUAAUAUAUUUAAUAUAUUUAUUAGCUUUCUUAACAUUAGGUGUCACGCUUAUAUUAGGAAUUGUUUACUAUCAUAAAAAAGUUAAAAAAUAUCAAAAAAUUAAGUUCAGAAAAAGGUAA